AUGGGCAGAGCUCCUUGCUGUGACAAAGCCAAAGUGAAGAAAGGUCCAUGGUCUCCGGAGGAAGAUGCCAAACUCAAGGCCUAUAUUGAGGAGCAUGGAACCGGUGGCAAUUGGAUUGCCUUGCCACAAAAGAUAGGCCUGAAGAGGUGCGGCAAGAGUUGUCGACUUAGAUGGUUGAAUUAUCUCCGUCCAAACAUUAAACAUGGAGGGUUCUCGGAGGAAGAAGAUAACAUUAUUUGCAGUCUCUAUAUAAGUAUUGGAAGCAGGUGGUCUAUUAUUGCUGCUCAGUUACCUGGAAGAACCGAUAAUGAUAUCAAGAACUACUGGAACACAAGGCUCAAGAAGAAGCUUUUAGGCAAACAGCGGAAAGAACAAGCAGCUCGGCGAGCUAGCCUCAAGCAAGAAAUCAUGAUAAAGAGAGAAAUAAAUGAUAGCUUCAUGGUUCCUGGUGCUACUAUCCCUCAUCAACAAACCCCUUACUGGCCAGAGCUACCAGCUGUAAUCAUGAAUCCAAGCCAAGAUUCUCAUUUAAUGGAUCAAGAAUCCAUCAGGAACUUGCUGAUCAAACUAGGUGGAAGAUUUUCUGACGAUAUUCGAGAAUCAAACAUAUUCACUGCCAUCAAUAAUUACCCUCUCGAUGGCUCAUGCAGACAAGAUCAAGUAUUAUAUACAAACUCCAUAGGUAUGCUUUCUUCUCCGGCACCCAUGAGAUCAAUGGAUAGUACCUGUUGUUCUCAAUUUCCCAAUAGCAACUAUAACGGUCCAAAUAUGUGUCAAGCCGGACUUGACAAUUUAUUGGUGGAGCUAGGUGAAUUGGCCUGUAGCAACCCACAACAUUUAGAAGGCUUGGAUAGUUUGUAUGGGAUGGACAUGGCCAGUGGCAGCACUGGGGCUAGUUCUGCAGAAAGUACCAGUUGGGGAAAUAUGAGCUCUCUUGGUUAUCCUCAGCUUGUUUCUGACUAUGAAACUUGCUUGCAAAGCGUGCCACAAGAUUCACCUUUUGAAGAUUCAAGCUGCUUCAGGCCACAAUGA